AUGGAGGUUUUGCUGGAUGAUAUCAUUGAUACUCACAUUCAUCUCAGUGAACACUACAAGGGUGGCCUGCAAAAUGCUUGGCACCCCAACGAGGCAGAAGGCUUCCGCCGAGAUUGGAGCUUGGAAGACUUGCGUAGUUCUGCCUCGAAGGGACGUUUUCGCAUCUCCAAGGCCAUUUUUGUGGAAUGUUUCAACCAGACAGCCCUGGACGAGGCACAAUGGGUUUUGAAGAUCAUGGAAAGUGACAGUUUUUUGGUGGGCCUUGUGGCUCAAAUCUGUGUCCAAAAAGGCGCGGAGGAAGUCAACGCCUUCCUGGAGAACAUGAAGAAACAGUACGGUGGUGUACUUCCCAAGGGUCUCAAAGGUGCUCGUUUUGUCAUGAUGGCUUGGGAGAAUCAAGCAGAUGACGCCUGUUUGGACCCGAAGUUUCUGGAAGGUUUGGAGGCCUUGGGAAAAGCAGGCCUCCUCUGGGAAUUCGCCUGCGAGCCUAGAGUGGCACCAUACUUGCCUUCUUGCAUUGCAAAGUUCCCAGAGAUGACUUUCAUUAUUGACCACUUGGCCCACAACGGGAACAAGGGUGGGGAGAUGGAGAAAUGGGGCCCUGCAAUUGAUGCUCUUGGCAAACUUCCCAAUGUCUACAUGAAAAUGGGUGCUACCGAGCAGUGGAAUGUGGACAAUCCAGGUGAUUACAUUGAUCGAGCAAUUUCUGCCUUCGGCUUUGACCGCAUUCUUUACGAAUCCAAUUGGUUUGUGAAUGAUGCCAUGGGUGACACCUACGACAAGACCGCCCAACUGCUGUAUGAUGGCUGCAAACGGGCUGGGGCCACAGCCGAAGAUCUCAGAAGGGUCUUCCAUGACAAUGCUUGUAAAGUGUAG